AUGAUAUCCGAGUCUUAUGUUUCUAACAUAAAGUUGGAAUACCAAAAGCUGAGAACUAGGGUUGAGAAACUAGAGAAAGAAAAUGGAAUACUUGCUGCAGAGCUUGGUAAUCGGGAAUCAAAUUUCUGUGGUAACAUUUUAACGUUUGUUGAAAGUUUGUGUUUGAAUACGAAAUACAGUGAUGUAUUGUUUAAGACGCCAGAUGUACUUGUACCGGGACAUAAAUUUGUAUUAGAUGCCAGGGGCGGGGUUUGGAAUGCCUACACAGAAAAUGGUGUUGAAUAUAUCGAUAUAAGAGCGUACCGUCAGAAUGUUUGUGAAGCGUUGAUUUCAUGGGCCUAUAAAGGCGUUUUGGAAAAGUGUGAGGCUCAUUGUUUGUCUAGUCUUAUGUUACUUGCAAGAGAAUAUUGUUUGCCCUGCUUAUUGUCACAGUGUGAAAUCGCCUUAAUUCCUCUAGUUACCAGGGAAAAUUGCUUGUCCUUGUAUUCGUCUUCAUAUAGUGUGAGAGCCACUCGGCUUAUGGAUCACUGUUUUAUGUUUAUAUCUGGUAUUUGGCAUGAUUUUUCAGCAGAAGAAAUUUCUACAAUACCUGCACCCGUGCUGCAAUCUUUCCUCGAAAAAUACUCCAAAUUUCCUGUACAUUCAGCUAUUGAACUUGGAAGGAACGAUACUGUUAUGUCUCUGCUUGAAGUUAAUCCUGCUAAGGCAAAGUUACUGGCAAAUCAGUUGAAUGACGAUGGGUUAUCUCCACUUUUCAUGGCUCUGAAGGCUUCACAUUUUGAACUUGCUGAAAAACUUAUUGAUCUGGGCGCUGAUCCAAACGCUCUUAUUGGUCCUAUGAACCAACGACAACCUAUUACUCAGUUUGCAUUCGUUAACAAACAGUAUGACGCUGUACAGUUUUUGUUACGCCAUGGUUCAUACUGUGACUUCAGUGAUCCAACAUCCCAUCGUACACUGCUUCAUAACCUAGCAGUACUUGGUGCCAGUGAGUUGACUGACUCUGUUAUUGAUAUUGCAAAAACAUUACUUCUACAAGGCGCAAACACUUCUUGUCAGGACACAGAAGGAAAUUCACCACUGCAUUUAUCCAUUUUACACAAUAACUCAGAUAUAUUUGAACUGCUUCUUAAUUAUGUGAAGAAAUCUGAUUUCGAUUUACCAAAUAAUCAAGGACUGUGUGUAUUGUGGUUAGCACUUGUCAGACAAUUUCAACCGUGUGGUUCAUUGAAUCCAAUCGCUUAUGGAUUCUGUGGUGAUACCUUAAAAAAUAAUUCAUAUAAUUUUGCUAGUCGAUUAAUUGAAAAAGCUGCUAAUGUGAAUUACAGGUUCACUGACCUGCCUAUUUCCUGUUUGAAUGAUGAGUCAAUAAAGACGCCGCUUCCAGGAGAUACUUUACUCAUGGCUACUGCACGAGUUGGUUGGGAAUCAGCUGCUUUAUUUCUCCUGAGUCAACCAGAAUGUGAUCCAACUUUAGAAUCGCUGUUUACUCAAGGAGAAACAGUUUUUCAUAUUGCAGUUGAAUCUGAACUUUGCAAUCUCUGUAAACAGUUGGUUGUUCGAAAGGACAUUAAUCCUAAUCAACUACGUUUCUCGAAAGUUAUUAAUAUAGUAGAACAAAAUUCUGAGAUUUUAAAUGAGACCACUUGUUUACAGCAAAUAGAUGAACGAAAAGUUUCUAAAUCAUUAAAUCCCUUUGAUGAUGACUACGAUGAUUACAGUGCUGACGGUAAUUCGUCACAUGUACCACCGAGUGACUCUUAUCAAAUUUCUGUUACGACAUCACCAUCAUCAUCAAAUGGUAUGAAUGACAAUGCUAAGUCUACUGAACAACAACAACAUCAGUUAUACUGUAGCCCUUUACACUUGGCAGUGGAACAUAAAAUGUUUGAAUUGAUUGAAUAUUACCUUCAAGAAAAAGGCAACGUCGACUGGUUAUUGCUAAAUGAAUCAGGAGAAUCAGUUUUCAGUUUACUCUUAUGGUCAGAACAAUUUCACUUGGUUCAUUCGGUUUUGCAACUUAUGCACGAUCAAUCAACAACAACAAAUGUCUCAAUUAAUUCAAAUAUUGGAUUUAAUAAAUCAAAUGAAUCUAUUAAUUGGUUUCGUAAUCUUAUAUUCUCAAAUCAAAGGAAGCAUUCUCUACUGAUUGAAGCUGUUGAACGUGGUCAAUUAGAAGUGGUGAGGUUUCUAAUCAAAUAUGGCGCUGAUAUUGAUGAAAAGUCAUUCAACGGUGAUAACUUUCGGGAAUUUGUAAACCCUUUAUGGAUUGCUUUGAAACUACGGAAAUUUGAAAUAGCUGAGUAUUUAGUGGACUGUGGAGUGGAUAUUAAUUCAUGGGCAGUGAUUGAAAAGAACAUCAACGUCACCUUACUACAUCGAGCUAUUUGUGAAAAGAAUGAAGAGGCUGCUAUAUUUCUUGUAAAACAGGAUUGUGAUGUCAAUGUAUGCCCACAAGCUUUUGAUGCUAAAUUAACCUGUGAAGUUAACAAUAAACUAGACGAUUAUCUUAUGCCGUAUUUAUGCCGAUCUCCACUGCAUAUGGCUAUUCUAGUCGGUAUGUAUGAACUAGUCAAAGUGCUGAUUAAUUGUCAUCGUGCAGAUGUUAACCAACAGGAUUUUAAUGGAGAAACUCCCUUACACUUAGCUGUCAAAUCAAAAGAGGAAAAACUUGUCAAAUUAUUGAUUAAUGCACCUCAAAUCGACUGUAGCAUACGUGAUGCUCAUGGUCAUACUGUAUUUCAUGUUGCUGUUGAAUUACGCCAACGUAUAAUUGCAGAAAUGUUAAUUAAGAAAGAUCCUUCAUUGGCUCUUCAAGUUGAUACUGCGGGACGUAAUUUUCUUCAUAUUGCUAUAGAAAAUAUGGAUCGUGAAGCAAUUUUCUUACUUAUUCAAAUUGGUGUUGAUAUGAAUGCUUGUGUACGGGAUGUAUAUCGGUUAACACCCUUCCAUUUAGCUAUAAAAACUGGUGUCGAAGAAGAUAUUCUACUCAGUUUGCUUCUUGCCGGUGCAUCAAUUAAUUCACAGACACCACAAAAACAGUAUGGCCUGCACUUAGCUGUGAUUUACGAUCGACCUAAAUUAGUACACUGUUUACUAGAGAAUGGAGCUGAUGCAAAUGCUCAAGAUUCAGAGUUGAAUACACCACUGCACUUAGCAGUUCGACAUGGAAGAGUGGAGUGUCUUGUUAAACUUCUUAGUCAUUCAGCAACAAAUUGUUGCAGUGUAAAUAUCAGAGGUCAAUUACCAAUUCACCUGUUGGCUAAUCAUCAUGGUUCAAUUGGUGUUGAAAUGCUUCAAAACUUAUUAGAACUAUCAGUAACCAAUCAGAUUAAUGCUCAAGAUGCAGCCGGCAAUACUCCAUUACUUUUAGCCUAUCAAGCUGAAAAUAUACCCCUGUGCAUAGCUUUACUUCAUGCUGGUGCUUCUUUGGGAAUCAUGAAUUCUGACGGGGAUAGUGUAUUUAGUUUAAAUAAAAAGAAGUGUAAAAAAUCAUCACCUGGACGUGUUCUUUCACAGUUACUAGAUUCACUUAUCCAAGAACCUCGGUGGGAAGAUGGCUCUGUGUGUGUUGAAUGUUGCGUUAAAUUUGGAAUUACUAAUAGAAAGCAUCAUUGUCGUCAUUGUGGACGUUUAUUAUGCUCACAAUGUUCAGCUUAUGAAAUCCCAAUUGUUAAAUAUGAACUAUCCAAGCCAGUUCGUGUCUGUGAAGUUUGCUUCAAUUUUCUUAAUAAUCCAUUCUAG